ACCAUGGCAUCAACACCUGGAACUAUCAGAGUCCUUACAACACUGCUUCUUCUAGCCAGAGGAUCCCUCUCACAGCUGGAUGUGUGUGGGCAACCCCCCCUCAACACCCGCAUAGUGGGGGGAGAGGACGCCCCUGCGGGGGCGUGGCCAUGGCAGGCCAGCCUUCACAGUAGAGGCAGCCACUUCUGCGGGGGGUCCCUCAUCAACAAGGACUGGGUGAUGACUGCAGCACACUGCUUCCCAAGCACGAGCACCUCCGGCCUGGUCGUCUACCUGGGGCGGCAGAAUCAGGAGGGCAGCAACUCCAACGAGGUUUCCAGGACCGUCUCUCGGAUCAUCACGCAUCCCAAUUACAACAGCGACACCAGCGAUAAUGACAUCGCCCUCCUCCGCCUCUCCUCCUCCGUCACCUUCACUAACUUCAUCCGCCCCAUCUGCCUGGCAGCAGCCGACAGCACCUUCAACCGGGGCACCACCAGCUGGGUGACAGGCUGGGGCACCAUCAGAGAAGGAGUGUCCCUCCCCUCCCCACAGACCCUUCAGGAAGUGGAUGUGCCGGUGACGGGGAACAGGAACUGUUUCUGCAAGUACAACCCGUCAGACAUCACAAUCACUGACAACAUGAUCUGUGCCGGGAGGGACCAGGGCGGCAAGGACUCCUGCCAGGGCGAUUCUGGCGGUCCGAUGGUGAGUAAGCAGGGUUCUGUGUGGGUCCAGGCGGGUGUCGUGAGCUUCGGUAUCGGCUGUGCCCAGGCAGAGUUCCCAGGAGUGUAUGCACGCGUCUCUCAGUACCAGAGCUGGAUCAACACCCAGAUCACCAGCGACCAGCCGGGCUUCGUCACCUUCACCUCCACCGGGACAGACGCAGACCUGAGUGCCACCUGCACCGGCCUGCCUGCUGUCACCACCACCACCCCCACCACCACCACCCCCGCCACCACCACACCGCCACCGGUGGUGUGUGGACGGGCCCCUCUGAACUCUCGUCUGAUUGGUGGAUCAGACGUGUCGGCGGGGGUGUGGCCGUGGCUGGCCAGCCUGCACCUGAACGGGACACACACCUGCGGAGGAACUCUGGUGUCCGAGACGCUCGUGCUCACCUCAGCCAACUGCUUCUCCAGCACGCCUUCUGAUUGGACGGUGUUCCUGGGCCGCCUGCGACAGAACGGCUCCAACCCCAAUGAGGAGUCUGUGGGUGUGGCCAACAUCACGCUGAGCAGCCUAUCAGGCGAGAACGUGGCCAUGGUGCAGCUGACCAGGAAGUCCACCCUCUCCAACUUCAUUCAGCCAGUCUGCGUGGAACAGAACGCGGGCACCAUCGCCACGGGAACCACCUGCUGGGUCGCAGGCUGGGGCAACGCACAGGCUGGAGGUGAGCAGCCCCUUCAGGAGGUGCAGACAUCAGUGGUUGCCUGUGGCAACGCAUCCUCCUCUGCUGAUGACAUCUGCACCAACACUCUUCAGUUACAGCAGGGUGAUAUGGGAGGUCCCCUCAUGUGUAAGCAGGGCGUGUCGUGGUUCCAGGUUUCAGUGAUCGCUGUAAACUCCUCCUCCUCCCCGUCCAACUCCACCUCCAACUCCACCUCCAGAGCCGCCAGCCAAUCAGAUCGCUCCUCAGUGCAGGUCUUCAGUCGGACGUCUCGGUUCAGCACCUUCCUGUCAAACUUCUCCUUCCCUGCGACCUUCACCUCCGCCACCAGUGGGGGACGCCACUCCUACACCCCCCUCUCCCUCCUCUCCCUCCUCUCUCUUCUCUUCCUCUCCCUCUCCGCCGCUCAGCUGGCCUCCCAGCACUAACCCUGAGGUCACAGGUCACAGGUCACAGGUCAUGACUGCCUACAACCCAC